ACCGCUAGGUGGCACUAAUGUCCAAUUUCACGUCAAGUUUUCCCCCUCAACGACAAAAGUUGAACGUUUCCGCUUUGUGUUGUAUCUCUGGUCCGUCGCUGUCAACGACGCAUGCCGUCCGAGGGACGAGACGACACACACCCAUAAAAAUAUGCUCCAGUGACAGCGACGGUGGUGGCGAUACGGUGCAGCCCCCCUCUUUAAAGAUGGCAGUGGUACUUGGAGUGAGGGCUUUCUUCAGCCUCCGUCGACCGGCGCCUUUGCAGCACAGCUUUGGGCUCAUUAAAGGGCAGUUGAGGUCAAUGUGCCUCUCAGAGAGGCUCUGCAGUGCGCCUCCAAAUGGUGAUAAGCUGCUGCCGCCGAAGGUGAACCCAGAGAACGAAUCCCUGAUGGAGACCCUGAGUCUCAUGGGAGUUGAUGUGAAAAUGGCACGCCAGCGUCAGCCGGGUGUGUUUCGCAAAGUCUUCACUAAUGAGCAAGGCGUCGCUGAAUUUCUCAAAGGCAAAGGGGCCAGCCGCAAAAUAAUUGCCAGCAUAAUAUCCCGUUACCCGCGUGCUAUCACACGCUCGAUUGCACACUUGGAACAGCGCUGGCAGCUGUGGAGAAACAUCUUUCAGACAGAUGCAGAAAUUGUGGCCAUCAUUGAACGCUCACCUGAGUCUUUCUUCCGGUCCAGCGAUAAUAAGAACCUGGAGGAGAACAUUUCUUUUCUGACCUCUCUGGGACUGAAAACCAAAGACCUCCACCGGCUGCUGAGCUCAGCACCUCGGACAUUCUCCAACAGUUUAGAGCUCAACAGGCAGAUGGUGGAGUUUCUGGAAGACAUCUGUGCUGAGCUUGGUGGGGAGGAUCCACAGCAGUUUGCCCAAGAUGUCAUAUCCAGAAACAUUUACAUAUUAAUCCAAAGCAUAAAGAGAGUCAAGACCAACAUUGAUAACCUGAGAGCAUUUCUUAAGCUGAGCAAUUCAGAAUUCCUGGCUCUUCUGCAAGGCCCUGGAGCAGAAAUUCUGGACCUUUCAAAUGAGUAUAUGAAAAAUAAUUUUAACACACUCCGGCAGAGGAUGGUUUCGCUCAGCUGUCAGGAAGAGGACAUUAAAAAACUGAUCAUUAGCUUUCCCAUGGUUCUGUACAUGGGGCAGAGCACAUUGAGCUUGAAACUGGACUGUCUCCUGAAAGAAGGAAUAACAAUGAAGCAGAUAGUGGAGAAGCCCAGGGUUUUGGACUUCAGCACACAGAACAUCACAGGGCGACUAGAGGAGCUGAAAAGAGUGGGAUAUGACUUCCAGAAGAAUGGCAUCAAUAUCCUGGACUCUAGCCAAAAGCGUUUUGUCACAAAGAUUGAAAAAUUUGCUGCCUCAAUGCAAGUCAUGAAAAAAAAAAAAAAACUUGCUGCCCCACCAGACAAUUGAAAGUUAUUCCUUGAAAUCACUGUGGCUCCAAGAGAAUCCUUUCAUCCCUUUUCAACAUUUAUUUAUUUGUUUUGUCACCGAAGUAGGAUUCCUGACAGCUCUGAUGUCUCUUUCAAAACAUUUUCACUAUACUCUGUCUACUCUACUCUGUAAAAGUAAUUAUCCAUGAAUCUCACAAUAAAUUUUGUCAAUUGAU